UGCCUGUUUUGUUGCAAUCCAAUAAACGAUCGACUCUGAGUGGGAUGGACCCACCACUUCUGCUUUAAGUGAGGAUGACGAUAACCUGAAUUUAGCCUGACUGGGAUAUGCUCCACGACAACAGGACUUCAUUUGUCGUCAUUUAACCCCUUUUAUCAUUAUUAGGUGUGUUUGUUUAUUUACAACCCGUUGGAUCCAGCUGGCAUUUUUACAGACUUUAGUCAUGAAUACCUGCCUUUUCCUGGUUGUCGCUCUGCUGUCGUUUUGUGCAGGGAACGAAUCUGUGUUUCCUGAAUCCAAGACGAUUGUGGCCUUUGCAGGAGACAGUGUUAUUCUACCCUGCCAAAUCCCUGGCAGCAGCAGUCCUCCAACAGUGGAGUGGUUAAAGGAAGGUCUAACUCCAGACAUCGUCUUUCUCUAUCGGGAUGGCUUUGAGACCUUUGAGAUGAAGAACCCGGUCUUCCGUUACAGGACCAACCUCAUCCUGGACCAACUGAACAAUGGUAACCUCUCACUUUGGAUUUUUGACCUGCUGCCAUCAGAUGCGGGGAAAUACGUAUGCAGGACUCUGUCAAAGAAAAAACCCGUGGUCAUCACAAAACUGGAGCUUUUUGUAGCUGCCAUUUCUGAGCCGAAGCUGUCGAUUGUUCCAAGCGUGGGUGGUGGAUUUGCUCUGAGGUGUGAAGCAAAGUGCUGGUUGCCGAAGCCUGAGAUAAUGUUUCUAAAUGACCAGGGGAAAGAUAUUGGCAGUGAAAAUCAGACGAGCGUACAAGAGGCCAAUGGAUGUUUCACCGUUACAAAAACGGUUGCUGUGAAGACUCAGACCAACAGUGUCACCUGCAGAGUCCGCCAGCCUCAAAUAAACCAGAUCAGGAGCACAGAUACUAGCAUACCAGAUGAGUGCAUAAAAUCCUGCUUCCUUCCUACCAUUCUGGUCGCUGUGCUAGCUUCAUGUCUAAUAUUGGGUGGCAUUUUAGUGUGCGUGGAAAAAUUCCAACCAUGUUCAACAUCCACCAGAGCAGACAACGCUGCAAAUGCUAAGUCUCCGGAAAAAGAAGAAAUCCACAGUCCAACUAAAGGACUGAACAGCCCAAAAUCUAGACGGCCUGCUGCACAGCAGCUCCAACAGCCUGUCCUUCACUCCAAAUCCUCACCAGACGUCUCAAAGCGUGCAGUGUCUCCCCCGCCAGGAUUUCUCCACAAGAAUGACCCACAACCAGCAUCCUCAACCAGCAGCCCUCCAAAGCGUGAAAACUCAAAACCUCCAACAGAAAAUAUUCAUGGCAACAGUUCCACUCUGUUGGCAACUAAAGGUACUACAUCGUCCAGUUCUUCUUCCACUUCAGGGGAGAUGGUCAUCUCUCGUUCAAAGAGCUUGUCUGAGCCUCGUCAAAGUGGUGCCAGGCCUCAGCGCAGACUUACCUUCUCCAGUAACCGCUUCAGUGUCCUGGAAGAAGACUCUAAGCCACUCAUCUAGCUGAGCAAAUAUUACCAGCAGACUACAGCAGAUUCACAAACGGAUGAGAGCUUCUACUCUGUUUGAGCAUUAACGCAUUUUCACAAUAUGAACUAAAAAAGCAUCAACUUAUUUUUUUAAUACCAAAGUCCUGUGUCCCAUCCUGUGCAUUGUUGUGUGUCUGGACAGCUCUUUUGAUCUGUUCAUACACUGAUCUGCCACAACUUUAUGAUCUUGUAUAAACGCCACUUUUGCCGCCAAAAUAGUGCUCUGGUAUCUGGCACCAAGGCAUUAGCAAGCUUUGAGUUGGGGCCUCCAUAGAUGGGACUUGUUUGUCCAGAACAUCCCACAGAUGCUCAAUUUCUGCAAACUGUAUAAGAAAGGCCAGAGCAGACUCAACCUGCUAAGAACUUUUAUGCUUUAUACUAGCACUUUUGAAGUUUUAAAUUACUGUCAUGUGUUUUCUUCUUUAAUCUGAAUGUGUGACAUGUUCUAUUUUGCGUGUCCUUUAAGCUGCUGUCAUGCCCUUUUACAUUACCUUGUGGGGAUAGAUAAAGUUAUUUGAAAUGAAUUAGGUCCUUCAGUGUAGUGAAGGGAGGACUGCUGAAGACCUUCUAUGACUCUAUGUGGUGGCACCUGCCAUCUUCUACAGCUCUAAAGAGUGGUCUUCUGGAGCAGCACACUUCCUCAUCCAGUCUGUGUGAAGAAACGUUCCAUUGCUCUCUGUUCCAGUUCAGAGUUUUUUUGCCAGUGGGCAGGACAGCUACACAGUCCCAGCCUUUUAAGAAUUUGAUAAACACAUAUUGCUAUACUGUACAAUUUAAAGAGUUGGAUUACUGGGGUUCUUAAAAUAAACACUAUUUAAAUAAC